GCCGAUCUCUCGUUAUACCGCCAGACCUCGAGUAGCCUUCCUGCAGUGAUAGCAACUUCACGGUUUUCGAGUGUGACAUAAGCCAAGAUGUCGGUGUCCAAGUACAUAAUCAGUCUGGCCGUUCUGGUCCUCGCUUUGUUAACCAUCACCACUGUACCCGCUAAUGGAGCUGUCGAUUACUAUGCUCCCCCCAAUAGAUCGCUGACCAUCGGCUACAGGAUGCCCGGCGACAGGCUCGUCUACAGAGAGAGCAUCGUCAAGAAUGCUGGAUGGAUGAAGAUUCAGAUUAUUGAGAAGACCUUCAAAGUCUCGAAAUACGAACGUCUCACUAUGAUUCAAUCCUUGGACCAGAAUAGGAAUGGAACCGGCGCGAACGUCAAUGUUCUGAAAGGUGGACCCGGAUACAACAACGUCACCUUAAGAUUCAAGAGUCAGAGGGGUUACAACAUUAGCCACAUCGUUCAACUGUAUGCACGACCUUAAUCAACCACAAUGGAAGAAGCUACACCAACUAGUGUGACGAUUUCUGGAUGCAAUUGAGGUGGAGACGUAAAAUAACCACUCUUAAAAACAAAUCAAUCCAGUAUGUGCUGUGCUAUUUAUUGUUGCAACACUGUUAUCAUUGCCGCUAUAAAAUGAAGGCAUUUACAACAUUCUUGUUAUUUACUUUAGUUUGACGUCAUAUGCAUAUGUCUAUAUUACAAAUAAAUCAAUGCAACUGAUGUAAUUCAAUCAAUGUAA